AUGCUCAGAAGCCUCACUUGCAGGGAACGACGCGUGAAGUGCGACGAUGGCAAGCCCACAUGCGUACGGUGCUCCAAGUCAGAUCGUAUCUGUCGAUAUGCCCAGGUAAAUGACCAGCGACAUGCAACCGAACCCGGUGCCGACUAUGAGUCCCCACGGGCACAAUCAGAUUCAAGAGGGGAGAGGACUGAGGAGGUAUGUGUUGGACGAAACGGUAUCAGCGAUUUAGGCGUCGCUCCAGAGGAGCAGCCGAGCUCCGGCCCAGCGCCCUACUUUCAGGCUACCUGCUCAGCCCCAGCUGGAGUCUCCGUGCCACACCACCACAGCGCCUCAAAUGAAACAUUGCAGAAUGACAGUUUGGAUAAAGCCAACGACCAGAGUCUGUCCGGCCUUGACUCCGGCUUCUUGGGUUCUCCACUUCCACCUAGCCAGAUAGCCUUGCUCAACAUAUCUCCGGGGGAGUGGUUCGACCUGCUGGCACGGGAUGCUAUCAGCAACAUCCAACGACUCAAUGACGCGUCGACGGGCGACCCACGAUGGAAAUUCCCCGAAAUUGCCCUCUCGCGCAGACAGUCCCCAGCCCCUGGAUACCCUGGGGCUCACCCCGAGCAAGCAAAGAGGCAAUCUGCGCAACAGCAACCUGCUCUGGAACAUCGAGAGAAUGGGAUCGAAACCGCCAUACCAGAUUGCCGCCAAUUACUCCAGCCUUGGAACACAGCGAGUAGGAUAGAAUUAUCGGCACUCGACCUCACUUUCUUUCGUUACUAUAUCGAAGUUGUUGGGCCAAUCCUAGACUUGUUUGAUCCCGCUCAGCAUUUUACUAAUGUCGUUCCCCAUCUUUCACUGCGAAACACAGGGCUCCUGAAGUCGAUACUCGCAGUUGGGGCUAAGCACAUGUCUCUCGGUCUGAUGCAUGUAUCAGAUGAAAAUGCACAUACCCCAACCUCGCUAGCAGCAGCGACCAACUUGCCGUCAAAACAAGAUCCAGCACACUUGGCUACACAGUAUUAUUAUGAAACGCUUCAAUAUCUCUCGCAGACAUUGCUCUAUCCUUCCUAUGCGGAAUCCAGAGAGAUUCUGGCAACAGCCACCAUGAUCAGUACGUAUGAGAUGUUUGAUGCCGACAACGCCUCGACUAGCGGUGACUGGGAGCAACACCUGCGAGGCUCCUUCUGGAUACAACGGUCUCAGGACAAUGAUGGCGAAUCCGCGGACGGCUUGAGGCGAGCCGUGUGGUGGGCUUGGCUCCGGCAGGACAUUUGGGCGGCUUUUCAGACGGGGCGGCCAACGCUUACCUUCUGGCGUGCUCGCAAAAGCCUCGAGGAGCUCGACUCAGAUGAGCUUGCAGCAAGGAUAGUCUACAUCUGCGGCAAGUGUGUAAAAUAUGCCGCUUCGGAUGAGAUGUCGCCAAAUAAGGAUCCAAGACACAGAAUCCAGGAGGGUGACAGGCUUCUCUGCGCACUCGAUGACUGGUAUCGUGUGCUCCCCGCUUCUUACCAGCCGGUCACUGUCGUCACGGAUCCCGGCUCAGAUGCUGUGUUUCCGCCUGUCUGGAUUCACCCGCCUAGCCAUGCAGGCGCUAUGCAGAUGUACCAUUUUGCAAGGGCCACUGUGCUUCUGAAUCAACCCACGAUGGGUGGUCUCAACGCCUACUGCCUCCGCGACAAGCAGCUAAGUGAAAGCGUUAAGGUGGUCUGCGGCAUCGCCAAUGCGUGCCAGGAACAUGAAUCAGCAAUAGCCUUUGUUAACGUACAGGCUCUGUUUGGAGUUGGCCAGUUUGUUCGGUCGCUUGAGAUGCAACGCGAGCUGCUCCCCUUCUAA